AUGGCGGAGUUGCAGAUGCUCUUGGAAGAAGAAAUUCCUGCAGGACGGAGAGCACUGCUGGAUAGUUUUACAAAUCUUGAGAGAGUUGCUGAGUACUGCGAAAGUAACUACAUUCAGUCUCCUGACAAGCACAGAGCACUAGAGGAAACCAAAAACUACACUACUCAGUCCUUGGCCAGCGUUGCCUAUCUGAUCAACACUUUAGCCAAUAAUGUUCUCCAGAUGCUGGACAUCCAGGCCUCCCAGCUACGCCGCAUGGAGUCCUCCGUCAACCACAUCUCCCAGACGGUGGACAUCCACAAGGAAAAAGUGGCAAGGAGGGAGAUUGGCAUUCUGACCACCAAUAAGAACACAUCCCGCACUCACAAAAUCAUCGCCCCAGCCAAUCCUGAGAGGCCAGUACGAUACAUACGCAAGCCUAUUGACUACAACAUACUGGACGAUAUUGGUCAUGGAGUCAAGGUCAGCGCACAGAACAUGAAGAUGGUGGGCCUGUCUCGCAGCAACCCCCCCACUCAGAAACCACCCAGCCCCCCCCUGCCAGGGAAGGGAACCAUCGGACGGCACUCCCCCUACAGGACGUUAGAGCCCGUCCGUCCGCCCGUGGUUCCUAACGACUAUGUGCCCAGCCCAACACGUAAUAUGAUGCCAGUCCAGAGUCCUGUGCGUACAGCAUCGGUUAACCAGAGGAGCCGCACCUACAGCAGCAGUGGGAGCAGUGGAGGCAGUCAUCCCAGCAGUCGGAGCAGCAGUCGGGAAAACAGCGGGAGUGGCAGCGUCGGGGUGCCCAUCGCCGUACCGACGCCCUCCCCGCCCAGCGCAUUUCCAGGUACCACACCUCAGUUCUUCAGUAUGAACAGACCAGUGCCCAGACAGGUGGCGCCACCCGUAGGGGGGUCUCUGCCAUACCGCCGCCCUCCAUCCGUCACCAGCCAACCCAGCAUGCCCCAGAGCCAGCAGAACGGAGGACCCUAUUACACCCAGAGCCAAGCCUCUCUGGCCCCCCCUCCCCCCUCACUACAGAUCACUCCCCAACUGCCUCUGACCGGGUUUGUGGCUCGUGUACAGGAGACCAUCUCAGAUGCACCUCCUCCACCACCUCCUGCCGAAGAGCCAGUGUUCGAGGAGGCGCAGCCCCCACCUCCUCCUCCAGAGGACUAUGAGGAGGAGGAGGAGGAGUCGGCUGUUGUAGAGUACAGUGACCCUUAUGCCGAGGAGGACCCUCCGUGGGCUCCGCGCACCUACUUAGAGAAAGUGGUUGCCAUCUACGACUACACGCAGGACAAGGAGGACGAGCUGACGUUUCAGGAGGGCGCCAUCAUCUACGUGAUUAAGAAGAAUGACGACGGCUGGUACGAGGGCGUGAUGAACGGAACCACGGGGCUCUUCCCCGGAAACUACGUCGAAUCAAUCAUGCACUACACUGAGUGA